AUGUACUUCCUCAAAAAAAUUGCGGAUGCCCAAGAGUCGCUGUCAGAAGAUGCCUUGUCCCAUUUGAAAACCUACAAGUACUCGAGCGUCGACAAGUCCUUCAUAUCCAGAUAUAUCUUGAAACAUUACUGGAAUGCGUUCGUCGAACUCCUGCCGUUAUGGCUCGCCCCAAAUAUGGUCACGUUAAUCGGCUUUAUGUUCAUCAUCGGAAACUUAAUCCUUCUCGAGAUAGUUGUUCCAGAUCUCGUUGGGCCGGCGCCCGCAUGGGUCUAUUAUAGUUUUGCGAUGGGUGUUUGGAUGUACUCAACUAUGGAUAAUGUCGAUGGGAAACAAGCAAGGAGAACCGGUACCUCUAGCGGACUGGGAGAAUUGUUUGAUCACGGGAUUGACUCAUUAAACUGUACCCUUGCAAGUCUUCUGCAAGUCGCAGCAAUGGGUCAGGGCUCGACCAAAAUUGGAGCCUUCACUACACUUCUCCCCUGUCUCCCUAUGUUUUUUUCGACCUGGGAGACCUAUCAUACGCACACUUUAUACCUUGGAUAUAUCAAUGGGCCAACCGAGGGAUUGAUCAUUGGCGUUUUGAUGAUGAUAUCAUCUGGCUAUUAUGGACCUCAUAUUUAUUCAAAUCGGGUAGCCGAUACUUUGGGUUACCCAUCCCUGUUCGGAAAUUGGACCUACCAGGAGCUCUUCAUAUUUGUUCUCGGCUUCUCUUUUUUGACUGCACACUUCCCCGCAUGCGUUUACAAUGUGAUACGGGUCCGUAACCGCCAAAACCUUCCUCUCCUACCCAUAUUCUUAGAAUGGAUACCGGCAAUUGUCGCAUCUGCCUCCGCUGUUUGCUGGCUGUAUUCGCCCUACUCGUCACUCUUGAGUGCAAACAGGCUUGUGCUCUUCGCAAUAACAAUGUGCUUUGUGAUCGGGCGCAUGACAACCAAAAUCAUUCUAGCUCAUCUAACCAGGCAACCAUUUCCAUACUGGACAAUUCUAAUAAGCCCUCUCAUUGGCGGCGCCAUACUAGGAAACCUCCCCAGGUUUGGAUUCCCUCAGAUCAGCCCCUCGCUAGAGCUGCUUUAUUUGCGUGCAUAUCUCGUGUUUGCGUUCGUCACUUAUAUGCAUUGGGCCUACUUUGUCGUCCACCGAAUCACCACCUACCUGGGUAUAAAUUGUUUGACGAUCAAGCACGACAAGCCGAAAGCUAGGGAGCAAGAUUACCGCCAAUUGGGGGAAGGCAGGAUCGAUGCUGGAAACUCGAGGAUAGAUCCAUUUGCUGAUUCCAGGGUCAAGGCGAACUGA